AUGAAGAAAAUUACUAGCUUUUUCAAGCCAAACGAAGGUGAGCAGUUGUUUUGAGUUGAUAAAAGUUUUAUAUUUUGUCUUUCUCCUUUCAAAUCAAUGAAAUAUUCGAUGGCAAGAAGAAUUACAUUACUUGAACAGUGAACGGCCAUAGUUAGAAAUUUUUUUCAGAUCACUUCAGUGUAGUAUUUUCUAUACUAAAAUUCUAAUCGCGUCUUUUCUUGCAUUGAAUCUGAACUGACAGUGUUUGUUGGUCGUUUAUUAGAAAAAAAUUUUUUUCAAUUGUCAGCCCUCCCACUUUUCACCUUGCUCCGCGGUCCCUGCACGGUGCUCUUUCGGUUAAACUUUGGAAUACUUGACCAAUUGUUUGCUUCUCGUUAGACAACAAAGGUGUCUGCUGUGUUAUGGCUCGUUUCGAACGUACACGCAAAUCCAACUAAAGGGUCUAUCUCGAGUCUAUCAACACAGCUGAAUUUACUAGUACUGUACUACCUUGAUCUUUUGCGGUGUUUUCUAUCUCUAUCCUUAUCCCUUCUUCUCUCCCUGUCUUUGUCGUUUUUAUCCCUAUCUCUGUGCUUGUCUUUAUCUCUCUUACGAUCUUUGUCUCGCUCAGAAUCUUUGUCACGGUGUCUGUCUCGGUCCCGGUGUCGAUGGCGGUCCUUGUCUCUGUCUCGGUCUUUAUCCGAAUUUUCCUUUUCAUCUCGCAUAUUCGACUUCAAUUUAUCCACAUCCACCUCCAUCUUUACUUCGCUUCCCAUUUUGACUAUCCAAUUUAAACAAAGUUUACUUCUUUUGAGAAUUAUUAGGAAUCAAAAACACGAUUCCCGAACGUUCAUUUCAAUAUGGCGGCACUUCCCCACAAUUCCUUUCAGCCCUUCAUUUGGCUUGCGGCGCCUGGGGCGAGCAGAAGAGCGAAUGGCCUCAUGGGAUUUCAAGAGACCAGGCAAGUGCCAAUAUGGCGACCAUUCGAAGUUAUUUGAAGCCGUUUCGCCCCAUUUUAAUCAUGAUUUUUUUGUUGCUCGUGGGAUUUUUGACGUACAUCACAGCUUCAGAAGAGCCUGAUGACAGUGUGAACGAUUUUGCGGAGUUUGAAACCGAAGGGGAUGAAGACGAAGAAGAGGAAACAGAGACACAACAACAUGGAACAGGCGAUCAAGAUGACGACGAAGAAGGUGUGAUCAAAUCUGUUUCUUUAUUUAUCACGAUUUUGGAAGUUAAUUAAAUUGCAGCUUUAUUUUAAAAAAAUGAACUAUGUAAGCGUAAGCUGCAUGUGUGGCCUAGAAACGGUUUGCAAACUGAUAUCUCAUAUUAUAUUUUUCAUUGAAUUUCUCAGCUUUACUCGGACGAUGUUUUUUGCUGUUGUCUAAUGUCGUUAUCGUUUGAAAGGAUGUUGCGAAUACGAUUUGAUCACUAUUUUACGACUUUUUGUGUAGUUUAAAUGCAAAUUGGAUGUAUAUUUUACCAGUUAAUACACAAUAUUUAAUUUGACGUGCUCAUGAGGUGUGCCAGUCAUGUGAAAAGGCGUCUUUUCUGUAACAGGUGAUGCCCAAGAAGAAACAGAUGAAUCAGAGGCAACAGUUGAGGAGGUACAAGUUUUGUUAAAAUCAAGGAUUUCAUGUAGGUUUUGGGUAAAAAAAAAACAAAAACAAAAACAAAACAAAGCUAGACGACAUCUGUUUACAGUUUGCUCAUAUUCAUGUAUGGCAAGGUUUCUACAAAUCCCCAGGUGAUAAAAGCUCUUUUCCUCCCCAAGUAAAAGUGGAAUCUUGAAAGGUGGUUCUAUCUUUGAGUCUGUGGCCAAAAAUCUGCAGUGUGACCAUUCAAAUUGAACCUCAUAAUGAGCACUUUCAUAUAGUCCUUGAAAUUAGCUCUUGGGUGAAUUCACACUUACAAGUCCACAUUUACAAAUCUUGCCAAUUUUUUUAUUUUCAAAAAUCAUCCUUUAUGCUGAAAACUUCUCAUUGAAAAGGGUACCCUAAAAAACUCAAAGUGAGUGGUGAUAAACCACUAGAUUCCCCUUUUUGAUUCCCUUGGAGUGUGCUUGUAAUACUAACGGAGAAUUUGUCGUUGUAUCGGGAGUUUCUUGGGAUACCCCCUGUUAAGUACUUCCAUCUUAAAUGAAUCAAAAUUCUUUCAGCCUGAUGAUGAACAAGAAGAAUUUGAUCACUUCACAGAUGAAGAAGAAUUUGAGGUUAGUUUGCAUUCUUUUUUGUUUACUCCUUAUCCAUAGAAAUUAAUUAGCUUAUACAUAAUUAAACAAUUAUAGGAUGAGUUUUUUGUGAUAUCCAGAAUAAUCAAGAUCGAGAAAAGUUAUAUUAACUGAGCCGAAGGCCAAGGCUGAUAACACUUACUGAGACCUUGAUUAUUUAGGAGAUCACAAAAACCAAAUCUAAUAAUUUGUUAUUGUUUUAUUAUACAUUGUUUUGAAGAAAGUAACAACAAACACACCGUCGCAAGAAACCUGAAUUGAUACAGUUAUUGUUAUUGGAAAUCAUGCAUUGUG